AUGGGCUCUAAGCCUUCAAAAAAACCAGAUCCACCAAAAUCAAAUAUUGCUUAACUAGAAGAUUAGAUACCUGUGUAUAAUAGACCUAAAUCACCAGAUUAUGGAGAGUAGGCUAAAAUAGAGGCUGUUGGGAUUAAACCUGAUGAUAAUAUCGAUAGGUACUUCUAUGAUUUAAUGUGAUAAAGGGAGGCAGCAAAUAAGAGAUAAGCAGAAAAGUAAAGAAAUUCUAAGAUAGAGGGUUAAUAAAAAAUAUCGCUACCAUAAAAAAAGAUAGAAUAACAAAAAAAAUAAUAUUAGAAAUUUGUUAUUUAAUCAAGUUAAUAAAAUAAUAACAGUUUGGAUCUAUCAUAUGAUCAAUUUGUAAAUGGGUUAAAUUAAAAUGAUAUAAAAGAAUUGGAGAGACAAUUAGAGAGUGAUGAAUUAUCUCCAAUCAAUAAAACAAAUACUGAAUGUAUGUGUAAAAUAUUAUCAGAGCUUAAAAAUAAGCACUUGAUGAGUAGAAAAUUAAAGUUGCUGAAUAAAAAAUAUGGAAAUUAAAGUAAAAAAUAAAAAGAUCUUUUGAUUGGCCUGCUUAAGGUUAAGUUUAUAUGGUUUCAGUUACCUUUAAAUAUAAUUAUUAAUACAAAACCUAAAAGCUAGCGGUGACAUAACCUUUUGAUAAUUAUGUAAACUCAAUUUUGUCUUGGAAAAAUAAUGCAUAAAUGGGUGUUUUCGAAUUUAAAUUAAGAGAUGUAGAUAUCUAUAAUACAGAAACAGGAGAUGUUUAAUAACUAAAAUUUAAUGAAGUUGAGUUUAUGGUAGAUUAUAAUGGAGUUUUUGUAAUUAAAUCAUUUAUUUUAGAUUGGAGUCAAACAUGAAAGUGAUUUUAUUAAAAAGCUUUCAUAAUAGAAACGAUAUUAUGAAAAAGAAUAAAUAAAGGAAUAAAAGGAUAGGGAUUAAUUACUUAAUAAUUAAUUAAGCAAUCUAGAAAGGUUAGCUAAUAAUAAAUUGCAAGUUAAAUAAUCAAAUAAGCCAAAGAAAUAAAAGCCAGAAGAAAUCAUAUAGAAAACUGAAAAACAAUUAGAGUAAUUUUGGACUAAUGCAUUUUAAUGUUGGUAUACUCUAAAUGAAGACGAAGCUGAAAAAAUCUUCUAUGCAGGUUAAGAAUGUAUAGUUUUAUAAAAGAAAGAUGAGGAUCCAUAAAAAAAAUUAGAAAACUUUCUUAUUAAAAAAUUAUAAGAUCCAGAAUUCUUUAAAUCUUGUUUAAAUUCAGUAAAAACAAUAAAAGAUCCAUUAAAAAAAUGGGGAAUGUUUAGUAAUGAAGAAAUAUUAGAAUAUUUAGGUGGAACAAAACAUGUAAGAAUUAAAAAUGCUUAUUUAGAGUGUUGUAUAAAUAUAAAAGAAAAUAACAUUUCCAAUUUUGGAAAAAUAUAAGAUUGUUAAUGGCAUACUUAACAAUAGUGACUUAACUCCUUUGGUUGUCAAAUGGAAUUAAUGCAAAAAAACAGUUAUAGAACAUGAGAGAGACUUGUUUGUUGAUAUUGAAUAAGAAAAAAAGUAUAGUUUUAAUUAGAUUUUAGAUUAUUAACAUUUAUAUGGGAUAAAUAAUUAGAUAUUAAGAUGAAAUUAAGAUCUGAAAAUAUAUUUGUGGAAGAACUUAAUAAAUUUAGAGAUGAGUGUGAAUUAGAAUUAAAAGAAAUGUUGUUCCAAUUAUCAACGAUCCCUAAUUUUCCAAUGGAGAACAGACCUAAAUAUAAAGAGAAAUAUUUUUAAAUUUUAUGA